AUGGCAUCCCAUAACGCUCUCAACAACCCGGACUCCUAUGCGAUCGCCUGGAUCGCUACUCUUCCCAUCGAGCGGGCCGCUGUAGAAGCGAUGCUGGAUGAGGAACAUGCAACUCCAACCGGCUUCACUAGACACCAAACCGACGCGAACGUUUAUACGUGGGGUCGCGUGGGAGAGCACAAUGUCGUCAUUGCGUCUCUGGCUGCCGGAGCCUACGGAACCACCUCGGCUGCGACCACGGCCGGGAGCCUGCUUGCCUCUCUGCCAUCCAUUCGUGUUGGUCUUUUAGUCGGCAUAGCUGGCCUUACACCAAGGCACGCUACCGCACGACUUGAAUGGGCACGAACUUACUCUGGUUAUACACCUGAAGAUUGGGAUCGUGUUUUUUGGUCUGAUGAGUGUACAGUCGAACGUGGGAUUGGUGAACGUCGUGAAUAUACCUUUACACCGAGGUCAAAACAAAUUGAAAAACGCGACGUACGUGGAUUGCCGACGCCAGGAAAGCAGGUUAAGCAGAUGUUUUGGGCUGCCUUUUCAUGGUCUACACGACGUACCGGUUUAAUCCCACUAUUCGGAGAUCCUACACGAGGUCGUGGCGGGGUGAAUCGCUUCGUUAUUCGUGAUCUUUACACGCGUGUUUUACCGACGUUAAUGCUACAUCGUGAUAGUAUUUUCCAGCAAGAUAACGCAUCAACACUCACUGCAUAUAUUGUGCGCGAGGCCUUAGCGGAGAUGGGGAUUCAGGUGAUGGACUGGCCUGCAAAAUCGCCAGAUCUAAAUCCUAUUGAAAACCUAUGGACCCUCCUGAAAGACAAGAUAUAUAAGAUAUGUCCGGAGUUAAAAAAUAUGCCAAAUAACGACACGACGCACGCGUUAUUAAUACGCAAGGCGCAGGAAGCGUGGGAUCUACUAGAUCUUAGUAUCCUAGAAAACUUGUCACACUCUAUGCCGCGUAGGGUGCAGGCUAUUCUUGAUGCAGAAGGGUGGUACACAAAAUAUUAG